AUGUCCGAGCUGAGGACCAGCGGCUUCUUCCGACCCUGGCAUAUCCCGGAGACCACGAGCGAAACUUCCAGAAUAGACCAUAACUCAUCGUGUAAUAGACAGGAGGAUGAUGACGAGAGCGUCGUAUCUUCGGCGACAUCGACAACUUCCGUAACAAGCUCGACCACUAUGGAAACAUCCGAGAAGUAUAACGAUCGUCUUCUGGAUCGAGAUGCAGCGGACUCGACAUCAUUAAACGUUCGUCAUCGCGCGAGAAGACGUCGGAGAAGCGAGUCCUCCGACGAUGUGGCGAUCAGUACAACGCCUUCCCUUGAGGGCGAGGACGUUGUCGGGAAUAUCGUGCAAGAUGCGAGGAACAAAUCACGUGCCUUCCGUUCGAAACAGCCAGUCGAUUCGACGGCUCCUGCGGUUUCCGCUCGCGAUUCAGACAAGUUUAACUUCAGUGAUGUUAGUCCGCUAGAAUAUCUCUCGGCGUUUGAAUUUCGACGACCGGAGGUUUUCGCGUCGAUAAACGAUGGAACUUAUUCGGUGGCGAAUUUAGAUAUCGCCGGACCAUCGUCAGUCGCAAACUCGAUGAUCCCCGAAUUGUACUAUGCCUUUAAUGACUUUCAUCCCGGGGUGCAUUCCGCUCAACCGGGGAUUCUUCCUUCGGACUUUUAUAAUCGUUCCGUGGAGGAAGCGGUGCAAAUGGUACAUCGACAGGAUGCUGUCGCCAAGCAAAUGAAGAAGAUGCGUCCAAAGAAGUUUCGCUGCCAAUACUGCGACGUCGCGUUCAGCAACAAUGGUCAACUUAAGGGACACGUUCGCAUACAUACUGGAGAGAGACCGUUCAAGUGCGACGUGGAGUCCUGUGGAAAAUCGUUCACCAGAAACGAAGAACUAACGCGACAUAAGCGGAUCCACACCGGUGUUCGACCUCACUCCUGCGUCGUUUGCGGUAAGCGAUUCGGACGUAAGGAUCAUCUGAAGAAGCACACGAGGACUCACGAAGUUCGCGAUCCGUAUCGCGUUUCGGCGGCAUUAGGCAUGUUCGCUCUGAGCCAUCCGUUUCAGCAGGCUACCGGACUUUCGCCAUACAUCUACCAGAUCUGACAUCGGAAACUUGCCGGUAAAAAGAUCUAAUAUAACGAUCCGUUUGACAAAUUUGAAUAUAGCAUACAGGGUACCCGUCUAGUAUAUAUUGCACUGCGAA